UGUGGUAUAGGUGACUCAUGAGGGUUCAUUUCUCUUCGAUGACACCUGCUUAUUUGUUUCUUCACAUUCUGGAACAGGCAAGUUGGGUCUUUGCUUCUCACAUGGAGACUGGUCCCUUUUAUGAUGUUUUGCCCCAUGCCCUAGUCACUUUCUAAAGGUCUGUUUAAUGCUAUCUGUCAUGUUAGGCAUUUGGAUUUCAGCCUGACACAACAACAGGAAGUAGCCAAGUCAUCUCAGAGUCAUCUAUCCAGAAUCAUCUCACUCACAUAGUUUCUGCAGAUGUCCUGUCACAGCUCACUGGGUUUACUCUUCAGGAUGUUGCAAGGCUGAAGUUGCAGUGCCAUUUGGGCCAUGUUCUCACUCAGAACUUGGAUCCUCACUCAAACUCAAAUCAAGAUUUUGUAAAAAGCUUCUAUAAUGGUUUGUUUGGCAUUCGUCAGAGCUGCCCGUGCGCACACCUGCCUGGUGAGGAAGGUCAGUCAUGUCUGCAGAUGCCAUCAGCAUCGGGCUUGGGGCUCAAGGCCUGCUGAAUCACAAUUUGCCGCCCAAGGUGCUCCUGGCAGUGUGGUGGAGUUGCUGGGAAAAUCUUACCCUCAGGAUGAUUACACCAACCUCACAGCGAAGGUGCUUUCCAAAGUGGGCAGGAACCUGCACAACCAGCAGUUCCACCCUCUGUGGCUGAUCAAGGAACGGGUGAAGGAACACUUCUACCAGCAGUAUAUGGUGCGAUCCAGGACCCCUCUGUUCUCUGUGUAUGACCAGCUGCCUCCAGUGGUCACCACCUGGCAAAACUUUGAUAGCCUGCUAAUCCCAGCGGAUCACCCCAGCAGGAAGAAGGGGGACAACUAUUACUUGAAUCGGGUGCACAUGCUGAGAGCUCACACAUCCGCACACCAGUGGGACUUGCUGCAUGCAGGACUUAAUGCCUUCCUCGUGGUCGGUGAUGUGUACCGGCGUGACCAGAUUGAUUGCCAGCACUACCCAGUUUUCCACCAGCUGGAGGGUGUCCGUCUCUUCUCGAAGCACGAGUUAUUUGCUGGUGUAAAGGACGGAGAGAGCCUGCAACUCUUUGAAGAAAGUUUUCGCUCUGCUCAUAAGCAAGAGACACACACCAUGGAGGCUGUGAAGCUUGUGGAGUUUGACCUUAAACAAGUACUGACCAGGCUUGUGACACAUCUUUUUGGAGAUGGGCUCGAGGUCCGCUGGGUGGACUGCUACUUUCCCUUUACGCAUCCUUCUUUUGAGAUGGAGAUCAAUUUCCAUGGAGAAUGGCUUGAAGUCCUUGGCUGUGGAGUGAUGGAACAGCAGCUUGUCAAUUCUGCUGGUGCUCAAGAUCGAAUUGGCUGGGCUUUUGGCCUGGGGUUAGAAAGACUGGCUAUGAUCCUCUAUGACAUCCCUGACAUCCGCCUCUUCUGGAGUGAGGACGAGCGCUUCCUGAAGCAGUUCCACCUGUCAGACAUCAAUCAGAAGGUCAAGUUUCAGCCUCUCAGCAAGUACCCUGCUGUGUUCAACGACAUUUCCUUCUGGCUGCCCUCUGAGAAUUACACGGAAAAUGAUUUCUAUGAUAUCGUCCGAACAGUUGGAGGAGACCUGGUGGAGAAGGUUGAUCUUAUAGACAAGUUUGAACAUCCAAAGACACACAGGACCAGCCACUGCUACCGCAUCACCUACCGCCACAUGGAGCGGACACUGUCCCAGAGGGAAGUCAGCAGUGUCCACCAGGCUGUGCAGGAGGCCGCUGUGCAGCUUCUGGGUGUGGAGGGCCGAUUCUGAUGCCAUGGCUUUACCCAGGCAGCAGCUUUUGUGGAGCUCCAGGAUUCACUGGAGGUGGGGAAACUACAGAGUUUGUGAACUGGAGCAUCUGUCAUUGUUUGACAAAUGGGUCUGGUUUAGGAGUUUCAGGAAAUAAAGAAUCACUUUGGAGAAGCA